AUGCUCAUGCAAAGACGGGCGGAGCUUCUCCGGGCCGAAGGCGCCGCCGACACAUGGGCGGAGUGGCUGUGUGGACAGGUAGAUCUUGGAGCAGGCGAAACAUCGGAGAGUUGGCAUAAGGUCGUGCAGCAAGCUCGCAAUGCGAUCAUAGCAGCUCUUCGGAAAGCCAGCGCGCACGGACGUGGACAGCUUCCGACUGAAGAACAGGCUGCAGCCCAGUGGUUUUGGGGAGAAGCAUUCCAUGGCAAGUUCAACAACAAGGAGCUGUUUAAGCCCUACGACCCUGAGACGAAUCUGGAGAUCGAGAAAGCUUUCCAAGAGGGGGCACCUGGCGUAAGCAUAAAGCUGGCAGCAACAAACAAGCAGUAUCGCAUCGACUUCUUGAAGCAGCUGCAGAUCAACUGCAGCGACUCCUGGAAGCAUGCUCGUCCCAUACAGCGCCGAGAACUCGAGCGAAGUUCACCUGACGAUGUGGCCUUGGACUUUCCAAAGUGCAAGCGCGCAGGCUGCGGUCGACCUUCUUUCGAUGGUCGGCAAGGCGAGUACUGUUCCAAAACGUGCAGAGAGAUGGACAAUGCCUCGCGCAACAGCGUGCAGUGGCUCUGGGGUGAGUCAUAUGUUGGCGAGUUUAAAGGCCAGGGGCAGCCCUAUGACAAGGAAAGCAACAAGAAAAUUGAGCAGGCCUUCCAGGACGGCAAGAAGGAAGUUGAGAUCGCGGUGCAAUUGCAGGGCCGGCACACCAGGUACAGGAUCAACUUUGAGCUGUCAACCCAGGUGAACUUGACGAGCCCUGGCAAAUUGCCGCGCUCGGUUCGGCGCUGGGCCACAGACUCGCGGUCGGCAAGUUCUGGGGGCGCCACCAAGCCGCCUUCCAGGACAUCUCGGGGUGGGGCCUAG